UUAGUCAGUUAGGGGACUUGGGGGAGAGAGUUUAAGAUGGCGUCUAGCUUCCUGGACGAUUUAAUCUCGAACCCGUCAGCGGAUGCCGACGCCGUGUCCGCGUUAGUUGGAUCACUCGAGAGCCAGUUGAGUAAUGCAAAUGUGGGUGCUAGUAAUAACACACAAGGCGGCAGCCUGGCUUUUACUACAAGCUCUGUCUCAUCGGUUCCUCCACCACUCCAGCCUGCCAAUGCCCCGGCCGCUGCCACCUCCACUGCAACGGCAACAUUCGCGGGAAACGGUAAUAGCCUGCACGCAACAACAACUUGCGCGCCAGCAACAUCAGUUUCGGUUGGAUCUGCGCUUUCAACGUCGUCUUCUACAGUUUCUUCAAUUCAUUUACCCAAUACAACCACCGUCCAUUCAAUACUUCCCAAUGGAAACCCAAGUGGUUUGGUCAAUAUCCAGCAGUUUACAGGAGGGGGUAUGGGUCUACCCAAUGGCACGCUGACCACAAGCUCAGGAACUGUUACGACAACAUUAUCUGGUUUGGUGAUCCAUCAGCAACAACAGAAGAUGGUUGCCUCAACAGCUACCUCUCAACAAGGCACGAUGAUCAUUCCGACAAAAGUAAACCCAAAUGUAGCAUCAACAGCAGUGAUUGGACAACAGCAACAACACCAACAUCAACAGCAACAACAUCAACAAACUACUGUGCUGGGCACAAAUGGGACGGUCACUUCGAUGAACCAGACUCAAGUGUUAAGACCAGCAACCCAAGUGGUACAGCAGCAGCCUCAACAACAGGCAACGGUGAUAAACAGUGCCGGAGCGGGAAUACUUCCGGCGGGUGUACAAGUAGUGAACAUGAAUGCGAUGAGACCGCAAAACGUACAAAACAUGGCCGCUUUGAACAAUCCUGCUCAUCGAGCACUAGCUCCCCGUGUAGUGUUGGCGCCUCAGCAGAUGGUUGGAGCUCGUCCCGGACAAAUGGGAAUUACAUUACAGGCCUUACAAGGUUUCCAGGCUGCUGGAGCACAGGGUCACUUGCUCGUCAAGACUGAAACGGGCCAGUACCAACUUUUACGUGUUGGUCCCGGUCCUGUAGCCGGUACAACGACAGUAGGCUCCCAAGUUGUUACCUCAAACAUUCCCGCCCUGCAAAAUGUUGCCCAACAGCAACAACAACCGCAACAACAAGCUGUUCAGCAAUUAACUACCGCACCAAAUACUGCACCCACAAUGAACCAAACUGUUGGAGCGACCUAUCGUUUGCAAGUCCCCGUCUCCACCACUAUUCAACCCGUGCCUGCCACUACGGCAGCACCUUUGGCGGGGAAUGUGUCCGUUACCACCACGAGUACUCCUGCUUCUGCCGCAGCUCCAACAUCGAACCCGGCAAGCAAUUCUGGACAGAUGACCCCCGAUACGGCCAAAGUCAAGUGCAAAAAUUUCUUAUCCACUCUGCUUCGCUUGGCGAGCGAGCAGCCGGAAUCGGUGGCCACCAACGUUCAGAUGCUCAUUCAGGGUUUGGUCGAUGCCAAGGUCGAGCCGGAGGAGUUUACCACGAAGCUCCAACGAGAACUCAACUCCUCUCCACAGCCUUGCCUCAUUCCAUUUCUCAAGAAAAGCUUACCCUACUUGAGACAUUCAUUAGCUACACGAGAACUGCAUAUUGACGGAAUCCGACCACCAGCCUUAUCAACGGUCAGCACUCCACAACCGAUGAUCGUACAGCAACAACAACCUCAGCAACAGAAUGUAGUCAACCGAGUGAACGCGGGUCCGACGCAAAUUCAAACGGUACGACCAAUGGGCGGUCAGGUUCGAGUCCAAGCACCUGCGAUGGUUGGUGCCUCUUCCGUUGUUCUGUCCUCUCCGCGGCUGCCUAGACCGGCCGCUAAUAAAGCUACCCCAAAGGCUAAACAAGCUCAGCAGAUGCCGAAAGUGACUGCGACAUCGACAACAGCGGCGGUGACUGUAGCGUCCACGAUCAUGGCCGUUUCGGCCGUCAAGACUGAACCUACUACCACCGACGCCCCAACGCCUCUUUCGUUUACCAUCACCUUGCCUCCAGUCGGAGGCCUGACGUCAGCAACGACUGCCACAACAGCCGGUCCAACUCCUUCAGUCAUGGUGCCCUCGACCUCCACGGUUCUGACAACCAGUACAGUAACCAAACCGGUGACUUCAGCGCCUACGAUGACCGUUGGACAAAGUGGUGUCAAAGGACCCGUAGUUGCAUCUGCUGGACCUAAAGACGCAUCUAAGGAGAAAAAAGCUUUCACGUUUGGUUCAUCGCUAGCGGGUCUAGCUGAUAACGACAUCAACGAUGUGGCGGCCAUGGGUGGCGUUAACUUGGCGGAAGAAUCCCAGCGUAUUCUUGGCUCAACUGAUAUGAUCGGCACGCAAAUUCGUUCUUGCAAAGACGAGAAUUUCCUUUUUACCGGACCCUUGCAAAGACGAAUCCAACAAAUCGCCUCUCGGAACGGUCUUGGAGAUCCCAGUGCGGAAGUAGUUUCGCUCAUAUCACACGCCACUCAAGAACGAUUGAAAACGAUACUAGAGAAGCUUGCCGUCAUUGCGGAACAUCGAAUGGAAGUCGUCAAGACGGACGCGCGUUACGAAGUUCAGCAGGACGUCAAGGGUCAGUUGAAAUUCCUCGAAGAGUUAGACAAGUUGGAGCGACGAAGACACAGUGAAAUCCAGCGCGAGAUGCUUCUUAAAGCGGCAAAAUCGCGUUCGAAAGCUGAGGAUCCGGAACAGGCCAAGUUGAAAGCCAAAGCCAAGGAGAUGCAACGUGCUGAAAUGGAAGAACUCAGACAACGUGAGGCCAAUAUGACGGCUUUGCAAGCUAUUGGUAUAAGAAAAAAGCCCAAACUCGACCUGGCUGGUACUACCGGCUCGUAUAACCAGGUGCCUUUACGACCGCGUGUUAAGCGCGUGAAUCUUCGGGAUUUACUUUUCCUCCUAAAGGAAGAAAAAGGAACAGUACGAUCCCCUCUGUUGUAUAAAGCUUAUCUCAAGUAGUCCUCCUUUGCCCCAAUCUUCUCUUAAA